UGAAAAAAAGAAGAAAUGAAGUGAGAGACUGGUUUGGUUUGGAAACUGAGUUUUUCGGAUUGGUUCAUGUUGUAGCUCUUCGCUAUCUCGAUGAAAUGCAGAAGUUGAAACCCGCUGAGAUAAGCAACUUAGUCUGAUGGUAUUGCACGCGCGUGGGACGCAAUAUUAGUGACUUCUACUAAAAACUUCAAUACACAGAGAAAGUGUCGCCCUUAAGGCUUACGUUUUAUGGUGUUCCUCUUGAAGAACCCCGUCAUUUGGACUUUGCAUGUGCUCCAGGGCAGUGAUCGGAGACAUUUCUGUGACAAUACAGGAAGCACUGUAAAAUUACACUAAGUUAACGUAACGCAUCACCAUGGCUGAUCGACAGCAACGAGGAAAUCGCGGCCGCGGUCGCGCCCGGGGCUUCGCCGGAGCGGGUCGCGGUGGUCAGGGUCAAGGGCAAGGUCACUACCAAGCUGAGCAUGCUCCGGUACAGCAGCAUCGGCAGGAACCUUCGACGAGUCGUCCCCAGCAGCAGAGGGGUGGCGGCGAUCCAGCGGAGGCAGGCGCUGCCGGAGGUCGUGGAGCUAUGCGUGGGAACCGUUUCGUUCCGGAUGUCCUCCGUACGAGACCGGUAAACAGUACUGUCUCCAAGCAUGGCACGAAGGGCAAGCAGAUCCUGCUGCAGACGAACUACUUCAGAGUUGGACGGAAGGACAACGAGAGUAUCUUUCAGUACCGGGUGGAUUUUAACCCGGUGGUGGAGAGUUCGAGGUUGAUGAGUGCGCUUGUGUUCAACUUGAAGCCGGUUAUUGGGGGGUAUUUGUUUGAUGGAACGCAGCUUUUUACGAGACACAGACUUCGCAGCGACGAGGUUGAGUAUCCAACGAAGGACCCUAUUUCGGGUCAGAGUUACAUUAUAAAGUUGCGUAAGGUUGGCACCAUUGACGGAACGACGGAGAUGGCGUUCAUGAUCUUUAACUUGAUCAAUCGUAGAGCGAUGAACGGGCUGAAGUUGACGUUGAUUGGGAGGAACUAUUUUGACGGUCAGGCCAAGAUAUCCAUUCAGCAGUACGGAAUCGAUUUGUACCCGGGAUAUGUGACCAGCAUCCGACAGCACGAACAGGAUGUGCUGAUGUGUGCAGAACUUACCCAUCGUGUUAUGCGUACGGACACGUGCUACAUGAUGUUCAAGACCUGCCUGAACCAGGGCGCCAACUGGAGGGACAACUACAAGCGCAUGGUGCUGGGAACGGUCGUGAUGGCCACCUACGGCAAAAACAACACCUACACCAUCAACGACGUCGAGUUCAACACCACUCCGGAAAGCUCGUUCGAGACCAGCAACGGAAAGAUCACCUUUUUGCAAUACUACAAAGAACGUUACAACAUAAUCAUUCGUGACCCCCGUCAACCCAUGUUGGUAUCCCGUGCGAAACUACGCGAUGUUCGUGCUGGAAAACCAGAACUUAUCUACCUGAUUCCUGAACUGGUUCGGGCAACCGGAAUCACCGAUGAAAUGCGUAGAAAUUUCAAUUUAAUGCGAACCCUGGCGGAUUACACCCGUCUCACGCCGGACAAGCGCAUUCAGCGGCUGGAAACGUUCAACCAGCGGCUGCAAAGUUGCGAGGAAAGUGCCGACGUGUUCCGGUUUUGGCAGACUGAGUUGGAUCGCAGGCUGGUUGAGGUUCCGGGACGGGUGUUGGCCGAGGAGGAGAUUCUGUUCAACGCAAAUGAGACCAACAAAGUACUGGCCGGCCCGCAAGCCGACUGGCAGAUGGCGUUCCGCAACAAUCCGAUGUACAUGUCCGUACCGCUAAGGAACUGGUUCGUGGUGGUUUCCGCUGGGGAUCAGAACCUGGUUGGUUCGUUCAUGAACUGUAUUCACGAUGUCGCCAGGGGAAUGCGGUUCGAAAUUAGUAAACCUCAGUUUGAGGUCAUCCAGAACGAUUCCCCGGCGGUGUAUGUCGAUUGUUUGAAUCGCUUGGUUCAGCAAGAUCCGCAGAUGAUCUUCUGCGUGGUCAGUAACGAUAAGGCCGAUCGUUACGCGGCGAUCAAGAAGAAGACAUGCGUUGAGCGAGCGAUUCCGACGCAGGUCAUCAAGGCACGGACGAUUACCCCGAAGGGUGGCAACGUGCGAACGUUGAUGUCGGUGGCCACGAAGGUCGCGAUCCAGAUGAACUGCAAGCUAGGCGGCAUUCCGUGGGUGUUGAGAAACCCGCUGACGUCGGUCAUGGUCAUUGGGUUCGAUGUUUGUCAUGACACUCGCGACAAGUCAAAGUCUUACGGUGCGAUGGUGGCCUCGAUGUACGGAGCAGGUCAGAAACAUCCCAAGUUCUUCUCGACCGUGAAUCACCACUCCAGCGGUGAGGAGCUUUCAAACUUUAUGGCUCAGAACGUCAUCAAGGCUCUGCACUCGUACAGUAAUGACUUUGGCGGAGCGCUGCCCCAGCGGAUCAUCAUCUACCGGGACGGAGUUGGCGAGGGUCAACUGAAGUACGUGUACGAGCACGAAGUCGGGGCCAUCAAGGAGAAACUGAACAUGGCGUACAAAGACCAGGCCGCAUCCAAGUUGACAUUCUUCGUCGUGAGCAAGCGCAUCCACACUCGACUGUUCCACCAGAAGCAAAAUCCCAUCCCCGGAACCAUCGUGGACGAUAUCAUUACCCUGCCGGAAAGGAACGACUUCUUCCUGGUGUCGCAGAGCGUCCGCCAGGGCACCGUCUCCCCCACAUCGUACAACAUCUUGCGUGACGAGUCCGGCCUGAACGCGGACCAGCUGCAGCUGUACACCUUCAAGCAGACUCACCUGUACUACAACUGGUCCGGUUCGGUGGGGGUUCCGGCCGUGUGCCAGUACGCCCACAAGCUGGCCUUUCUGGCCGGGCAGUAUCUGCACCAAGCGCCGCACAAUAUGCUCGAGAAGAAGCUGUACUACUUGUGAUUGGUGCAGCAAAGACGGUUUUCCUUGGGCCUUACAAGGGGAGUAUUAUAAGAAACGUUAUAGUACUCGUUUUGUCAAGGGGUGUGGAUUGAUCCGUUAUGGAAAUAGAAUCGAGGGUUUGAUUGUAUUAUUCAUAAUAUUGUUCAAACUUCCAUUUUAUUUACAGAAUGGAUAUCGUUCCAUGCUGAAGAGAAUCCGCUUUGACGUAGCACCAAGGCUUAAUCGAACUAAGAGGUUCUCUGAUAGUGUCCUCUUUUUUUUUAUUCGUGGAAUUUCGUAAUUCAGCAACUUUAAUUCAGAUUUUUACUAAA